GGUGCGUGGGGUUCUGUGUCAAAGAAAUUAUAUGUGCAUACAUGCAAAUAUUAUCAUCAGUGUAGUGUUUUAUGGUGACCGAGAAUAAGUCAAAUUAGAGGUCAUUGCCUGUCAGUCUGAGGCAGGCCCUCCUUCUCAGUACUGGCAGUGGCAGAUGGAAGAGUAAAUCGUGUGGAUUUUGGGGAAAAAAUUUUAAACACUUUUUUUCUGCUGAAACCCUCUGUCCCUCAAAUCUUUUUCUCUUUAACCCCUGCCUGUAUACUCGUUUUUCUUGCAUUGCAUUAUUCUAACCUUUUCUCACCACAUUACAGCAUAUAAUCCAUGCAACCACAAAAUGACAUCACAAUGGAGUCUUUACCAGAGAAUUCGAAUGAGAAAUCAGAUUUCCAAGAGAGUGAAACGGUGAGAAGACAGUCUAAAGUAUGUACCAGAGGCCAUUGGAGACCUUCGGAGGACGAAAAACUUAAACAACUCGUCGCCCAUUACGGCCCACAGAACUGGAACGCCAUAGCUGAAAAUCUCGAAGGAAGAUCAGGUAAGAGUUGUAGAUUGAGAUGGUAUAACCAGUUGGACCCGAAGAUCAAUAAAAGAGCUUUCAGUGAAGAAGAAGAGGAAAGGCUAAUGGCAGUUCAUAGGGUUUUUGGCAACAAAUGGGCGAUGAUUGCUAAAUAUUUCCCUGGGAGAACAGAUAAUUCUGUGAAAAAUCACUGGCAUGUUUUAAUGGCUAGGAAAUAUAGAGAUCAAUCGAAGUCCUACAGAAAAAUAUCAAAAUGUAGUGAGGAUACAGCAAAUGAAAAUGCAUCUACCAAUUCCUGCCUUUUUCAUUCAGGCCAUGAUUACAAUCCGACUCGACCAAAUUCUUUUUCGGGCAGUAAAAAUGGGAAUAUUAUGGCAAGAAAUGGCUCAAUUUUCAGUAAUUUCAAUCCCUUUCAUCCGUACUCUUCAUUGCUGAUGGAAAUGCAGGAUGAUUUUCCUCACUUUUCAUGCACUGAACCAUCUCCAUCUCCGUCGCCAUCAGUUGCUGAGUACACAGACGCAAGCCAUUUAAAUACUAAGGCAACACCUCCGUUUAUAGAUUUCCUUGGAGUUGGAGCCAUAUGAAAGAUAUGCAUGUCCUUAGUUUUAUCAAAAAAUUUGUGAAUGCCUUUGUGACUAUUCCUUGUAACAAAUUAAUCAUUGACAACAUCGAACUUAUGAAUUUCUCGUUCUCCA